AUGAGUUGGAAUACUAAUAACCUUGAAGAAGGUGAAGUUAAACCAGUAGAUUCCACUCCAGUAUGGGGCGGUGAAUAAAACGCAGGUGGAUAGUAAAUAGAUGAAGUGAAAAAAACUUAAGAGCCUUAAUGGGGGCAGGAUGAGAAAAAGGAGAACUAAGAAACUAAUGCUUAAAAUGGAACGGCAGCAGAAUCAGGAGGUUGGGGAAAUCAACCACAGCAGCAAUCAUCAUCUUGGGGAGAAACUAAAACAGAUAAUAAUGAUAAUGCAUGGGGAUCUGGAACUACAGGGUUUGGAAGCACAUCAACAGGAGACAAUGGAGGUUCAUCUUGGGGAGGUGGUUCGACGUCUUGGGGAAAUGGAGGAAGCUCAGAUAAUAAUUUUUAAUCAGAUCGACCUAGAGGCAGAGGAAGAGGUGACAGAGGAGAUCGAGGAGGUGGUUAUAGAGGAAGAGGUGAUAGAGGUGGAGAAGGUUUUAGAGGCAGAGGAGAUGGAUUUAGAGGAAGAGGAGAUAGAGGAGAUCGAGGAGGAUUUAGAGGAAGAGGUGAUAGAGGAGGAGACAGAGGUGAUCGAAGAGGAGGUUUUAGAGGUGGAAGAGAUAAUGGUGGAAGUUGGGGUGGCAACUCAAGUAAUAACAACGGAGGAGGAAAUAGUUGGGGAGGUAAUGCAGAAGGUAGCUCUUGGGGAAAUUCAGACAACAAAGAUAAUGCUGGAGGUGGUUGGGGUAGUACUUCAACAAAUGAAUAACCAGCUCAAUCAGGUGGAUGGGGUAGUACAACUACAGAAUAGCCAGCACAAUCUGGAGGAUGGGGAAAUUCUACUGAAUAACCAGUUCAAUAAGCAUCUGAAGGUUGGGGAAGUAAAACAGAAUAACCUCCAUAAUAAGCAGAAUCAAAUUAAGGUGGAUGGGGCACUACUACUGAAUAAUCAAACUAAUAAUCUGGUGGUGGUUGGGGAUCGACAACUGAAUAACCAUAAAAAUAAUCCAACGGAUGGGGAAAUUCUACUUAAGAAUAGCAACCUUAAUAAUCUGGAGCUGGAGGUUGGGGAUCUUCUAAUACUGAACAACCUGCAUAGUCAUCAGGAGGUUGGGGAGCAUCUACAACUGAAUAACCUGCAACUACUGGAGGUUGGGGUUCUACAACUGAAUAGGCAACUACAUCAGGAGGAUGGGGAUCUACUACUGAUUAAGCAGCAUCUUCAGGUGGAGGCUGGGGAGGUUCAUCAGAUCAAUAAAAUGGUAACUCUUGGGGCGGAGGAGGAUCUGGAGAUGGACAGAGAGGAAGAGGUCGAGGAAGAGGAGAUCGUGGAGAUAGAGGAGGUUUCAGAGGUCGAGGAGAUGGUUUUAGAGGAAGAGGAGACAGAGGUGGAGAAGGUUUUAGAGGUAGAGGAGAUGGAUUUAGAGGAAGAGGAGACAGAGGAGAUCGAGGAGGAUUUAGAGGAAGAGGUGAUAGAGGAGACAGAGGAGAUAGAAGAGGUGGAUUUAGAGGAGGAAGGGAUAAUGAUAAUUCUGGCAAUGGUGGAAGCUGGGGUGGAUCAUCAAAUGAUUAAGGUGGUGGAGGAUGGGGAUCUUCAACAACUGAUUAACCUGCAUCUAAUGGAGGUUGGGGAUCUACUGCAACUGAAUAACCUUAAUCAAAUGGAGGUUGGGGAUCUACUGCUACUGAACAACCAGCUUAAACUGGAGGUUGGGGAUCUACAGCUACUGAAAAACCUGCAUAGAAUGGUGGUUGGGGAUCUACAGCAACUGAAUAACCAUAAUAGAGUGGAGGUUGGGGAUCUACAACAACUGAAUAACCAUAAGCAAGUGGAGGUUGGGGAUCUACUGCUACUGAAUAACCAGCUUAAAAUGGAGGAUGGGGAUCUACUACUACUGAAUAACCAGCAUAAAAUGGAGGAUGGGGAUCUACUGCUACUGAAUAACCAGCAUAAACAGGUGGUUGGGGAAGCUCUGAUGCUCCAUAAUAAUCUAAUGGUGGUUGGGGAAGUAGUAAUAACGAUUAACAAUAAUCUAAUGGAUGGGGCUCCAGUAAUCAAUAAUCAAAUGGAAAUGGCGAAAGAGGAAGAGGUCGCGGCAGAGGAAGAGGUCGAGGUGGUGAUAGAGGUGGUGAUAGAGGCGGAGAUAGAGGAUUUGAUCGAGGAUUUGAUAGAAAUAAUAAUAACAAUUACAACAACAAUAACAACAACCACAACAACAACAAUAACAACAAUCAUAAUAACAAUAACAAUACUGAAAAUGGUGGAGGAGAUUUACCAACUGCUAAAAGAAUCAAACCUAACCCUGUAAUAAUUACAAUAUCAGAUGAUGAAAACGGAAAGGCAUCUCCUCAUUUCAGUGAGGAUGAAUAAGAAAAAGUAAAUAUAAUUAAUGAGGCAUUGAAAUAAACUGUUGAUGCAAAAUAGGUUUCAUUGUAACUACCAGUAUUGGAUACUAAAUUUUCACCUCUUUUUAAUCCUGAGCCUGAUCCAGAUAGUUUAAAAACUGAUAAUUUAUGUCACCUUAAGGGAGGUCUUUAUCCUCAUGAAUAACAUAAAAAGGUGAAGUUUGUAUACACAGGAGGAAUAAAGGUCGAUUCAGAUAGACAACCAGUUGUUAAUUUAGUUACUUUUGAUAAUGAUUUAGAAUUUAUUGAAUCUUGUCCUAAAGUUGAUUUAGCUGAAAAAUAAGGAAUAGAAACUGUGUUUUUGAGUCCAUUGAUAAAUGAAUAUAGAAUUCUGAAAAAUGAAUUGGUGUAAUUAAGAUAAGAAGAGAGAAGAACAUAAAUUAGGAGAUAAUAUAUGGGAAUAGUGGAAGGAAUUGAUAAAGAAAAUUAAGAUUUAAUAUGUUAAGUUGGAUUGGCAUUGUUAAAAGAAUAGAAAGCAAUAAGAUUAAAAUAUGGAUUUCUAUUUGCUGAAUUAACACUCUUUCACAUUAAAUAGAUAUUUGGAAAUAUGGAUCAAGUAGAACAUUAAUCUUUGCAAGCAAGAGAAAAAGAAUUGAGACCAUCAAAUAAAUGGUUGAAUGAUGUGCCAAAAUUGAAAUGCAGAAGAAGAAAAGAGUUGUUAUGAUAUAUAAAAUUAAUAUUAUAAUUACAAAUUUGAAUUAAA